AUGCCGACCGGCGGGGGAGGGAGCGGCCUGGGCGGGCCGUUCGCCAUCGGAGGGGGAGGCACCUGCGGGGGCGGCGGCGGCGGCGGUAGGCCCUGCGGAGGCGGAGGCAGAGGCCUCGGCGGAGCGCCGGGUGCCGCGGCGCCGUUGGCCGGCGGCGGCUUGAUCCCCUCCGCCGGCUUCACCUUGAAGUACAGCUGCAGCUGCCAAAUGAUACCCAACGUUAGAAAAAGAUAGGCAACGGGGUAGAGGAAGGGGAGGGGCGGUCGACGAACCAUGUAGGUCUUCAGGUCGGGGUCCCAGUGAGAGAAGAACUUCGGCGUUGACUUAUCGAUCUCCGCGCUGGGAACCUGAGCAGGAAGAAGACUCACUUACAGUGAGAAGAACUCGGGACGGGUUUAGGUAGGUAGAGCGCAGCCUGACCAACCAACCUUGAAGGCGAUGAUCUCAUAGGGCUCGGCGGCGAAGAGGAGAUACUGGUACCUCUUGUCGAAGGAUUCGACUCUCUGGGAGGAGAGGGGCAUUCAUUCCGUCAAGGGCUAGAAUUUUCCGUUGUUGCUGGGCAUUUUCUAUGGAUCAUGGGGAUGUAGAAGCACCUACCUGCUCGUAGGAUGACAUGAACCUGUGCCUUGGUUUCGCGAGGUCCUCGAUUUCAGGGUACUCAAUCUGCAGUCACAGUCACAGGCCGUGGUGGAAGGUUAUGCAAAUUAAUAUGGAUGAUCACAUCAACAGGCAACGCAGAGAGUCACGCGUGGGCGUCUUCUAUCAACAUAAAGAAACCCACAUCUCGUAAAUCAUUCCCAGGAGUCGCCGAUUUGCUUCUUCGAAAACUGGGGGUUGAAGGGGAAGUGAUGGGCAUGCACUAAUGCCUUUGCUUCUAUGUUUCAUCUCAUGAGACCUCCCAACACAGAUUAUGCUAAAAGUAACAGCUACCAGAUGGAUCAUCGAUGAGACUAAAAACAGGGCAACAUGCUUGGAUAGAGCGAGUUCCCUUCCUUAUGAACAGUGCCUAUGUGCAUAAAUCUUAGCUACCAAUCAUGAUGCCAUGGUUAAGAGGGGAGUUCAAGCGAGUAGUUAGCUUCAAAGAAUGAAUGUCAGGAGUUAAAACAAGCAUGAUAAUAUGGGGCGGCACUUGGUCAUUACUUUGAGAUAUCUACAGCAGCUAGUCUCUUAGUUCUACUGCUCUGAUCAAAGGGUGGAACAGUUGAACCAAAGACCGUGAAUGAUGAAGCCAUGACUCCGAGUUAAUUUCUUGGCUUUAGAGAUUGGGGUUUUUGUACCAUUUCUAAACUUCAUCCCAAUUUUCAUUACGUAUAAAACUUGGCGACUAUGCAGGCUAGGUGUCAUUGGACAGGUCCACACAAGGUAUCGAAGAUGCUGAACGACAGAACAAAUAAGACCAUUUGAGGCAGACAGAUGAACAAAUAAGAGAGAUUUUUCGUAUGGUAUUCCAACUAGGACGUGGAUAAGCCAAAAGCCAGAUGAUCCAUAAACGUACCCCUCAGAUCUACGGGCACUCAACGAAAUACUGAUCCUAUCAUUCUUACCAAAACCUUAAAUUUCACGUAGUGCCAUAAUACAGACCAUUUUCUCCUUGCCUUAAGAAAGUCUUACCAUAAUCCACUUUUUGCCUUUCUCGUUCCAAUUCAUUUUAAUAAUAAAAGUUCAUUUCAAUAUCAGUCCACCCACUUCACUUUUAUUUAUUUAUUUAUGAAUCUGGACUCAUAAAAAGUGAUUAUUUCAAGCUGAUGAAAAAUGACAGAAACAGCUAUCUGAUCUGAAAUUGGCAUUGCAUUUAUUUAAGGGCUAAGCUUAAUGAGUGUUACAAUGAAGAGUCAAAACCAAAAAUGCUACAUAUUGUGUGGUCAACAAGUUACAACUAUCGCAAGGUUCUCAUUGUUGAUAAAUCAGCUAAUAUACUUCAAAAGAAAGCAAAAGCGCGGGUGGUAAUUAGAUGGAACUGAAGGGGACGAAAAGCACGAUGCAAAAUCUUUAUCAAUCUGAGUUCCUAGCACUAUAGCAUAAAUAAAUAAUUGGUCUUCGUAUGCAUCAUACGGACCAUUUGUUUUAGCUGAAGAACUACCAUGAGGUUAGAAAAAAAGCUCCCAGUUGACCACAGUAAAUGAGAAAUUUUUAUGAUCUCUGCUUUAAGAACGAAAAGAUGUAGGAAAAUCGAGAAAAAAAAUUAAAAUCGCAAGAGUUGAAUCGUCUGAAUCCAUUAACCAAAAUGCGUUCCUCAUCAAACUUAAUGAAUGGAGCCUCGAAAAUAAGAUCAAGAAUAAGAUAUACGAUAUAUCUCACAUAGGGGGGACAUAAUCAGAAGAAGAAAAGUGCUCAUAAAAUUAUUUCGCUUUCUACUUUCACUCCCUCUCUCAAAAUUUUCCAUGAACCUUGCCAGACCAUUAAUCAGCAUACAGAUCAAUACAAUGCCAUGAUGCUCAUGAUGACCAACCUAUAUUCUCCACCGAGGAAAAUGAAACCCAAUUGGCAAAGAAUAACUUAACAUCCAGUUUUUCUCAAUAUGCACUGAUCUUUCGAGACUGAAGUGAAACUUUAUACGUAUUAUCAUGCGUCAAAAUCCCCAAAAAUGAGAGUAGCAUAGGAAAUAAGGCGCAUAAGAAUAAAACGAAGAAUAAAACAGUACUAUGCAGGAGGACAUACCUGAAAGAGAAGAGAGCGUUGUUUGGUUUCUGAAUCAAACUGCUUCGUAACCCUGUAACCAGGUCUGCCGAUCUUCACUGUAAUUAUGGAGAGGAGAAAAUUCAGAGUCGGAGAAGAAGGAAAUUAUAAACAGAUUUAGAGCCUCACAUGAAAUUUAGAUCCCUAACAUCACUCAAUCUGCACAAGUGGGGGGAGAAUAGUGUUUUCAAGAUAGCUAGCGAAACCCUAGAAACAACUGACGUCUAAUGAGGAAGAAGAACAAGGGAAACAAGUCAGUGGGGCCGUACCGAUCUUGCGCAGGGGCGCGACCUUGCGCUUGUGCGGCUGGGGCUGGGCGGGCGCAUCCUUGGCCUCGCGGGCGGCGCGCUUGGCGAGGUUGGUCUGGUGGCGCUUUCCCUGCGUAUGCGCGAGAUAAUUUCCCUCGUUAUUGUGCAGCGUCAGGCAAAGCUUGCACUCAUAGCUCCCCAGGUGAUUGCGCAUGAAGUAAGGGUCCUUGGCCAGGUCGAUGGUCUCCAGCGCCAGCCUCCGCAGCCUCUCCCUCCGGUCGAUCGCCUCAUUCUGCGCCGAGGCGGCGCCGCCGCUCCCCGGCUUCGAUCCCCACUCUCGAUCCAUUAGCCCGUCCGCUUCUUCUCCUUCCCUCCCGGAAGCUCUUCCCCUUGCCUUCUCUCUACUCCCCCUCUUCGGUGUCUCCGAAACCUGAUUCAGCCUCCCUUCUCCCCACAGCCAGCCUUGGCCUAUAAAUACCUCUUCAGCAUUUUGCAAAGAAGUGUACGUCGUUGUGACAGUAUCUCAUUUCUAUUUUUUAUUAACAGUAUCUCAUUUUAUUUUAUUUUAUAUUUACAGUAUCCCAUUUUUUUUCCUAUUUAAUACCAAUAUAUAUAUAUAUAUAUAUAUAUCUUUAUAUAUUGACAACAUCUCCAAAUUUAUUCUAUGUAUAUUAACAAUAUCUAUUUUUUGUUUUAUAUUAAAUGUAUUAAUAACUUAAGAGCAUUCUCAUGUUCUGCAAUGUGGUCGUUAUUCGAAUUUUUCACCUCGUAAUUAAAAUCGAAAAAAAUCUGGAAAAUAACUUUUUUUGUUCUGUUUUUAUUCAUUAAUCAAUAUGGGAGUCGUCCUGAGUGGGGAUUUCAUCGCUCUACUGGUAAAUAAGUAAAUAAAAUAAAAAAUUCAUAGCUACCGUAUUUUUCAGCAUAUAUCUCGAUGAAUAAUAAAUAAUUUUAUUUUUAAAGGCCACAUACCUUAAAUGUUAUUAUUAUCGUGGCGCUUACAUCGGUCAACUGCAGGAGAGGGGAGAGUCCGGAACGAAGGCGGGGAUUACCCGGAAAGGGGAGAUCUUUUGAGAUGGGAAAGGAGAGGCUCUGUGGAUGCCGUCAGUGCUGCUUCUUGUCCAGGAAGGGGGCCCUUGGGAUCUUCUUGAGCAGCUUCUCGUCCAGGACGGCGUACUGCUUGCUGACGUGGAUCAUUGCCUUCUCGGCGGCAGUGUCCACGUGGUCCUCGUAUCUCUCGUACAGCACCGGCAGGGUGUAGAGCAGCACAAAUACUGCGAGUGAAACCGAGUCACAUCUACUGGCAAAUUGCUUUUUUGUUCUAUUUCAUCUCUCUUUCUCUCUCUCUCUCUCUAUGUGUGUGUGUGUGUGUGACUGACCUAUGUAGAAGAGAGUCAGGAAAUUGAAGCAGCUUCCAACGACGGAAAGGACCCACAAGGCAAGAACAACCUGAGAAAAGAAGUUAAUGAUAAGAAGCAGAGUGGAAGGGUUAGAAGAGAAAAUAUCUUCAGUGUUUCAGAUAUCACCAGGAGGAAUUGUUUCAGGUCUCUGCCUGAAGCGACAUAGCGGAAAGUUGCGAAGGCUUCGUUGAUUUCGAAUCUUAGAGUGCGGGCGAGGUCCAGGAACAUUUCUUCUGGCAAGAUAACUUCUGGGAACUUUGGAGGCGAUCUGAGAUUCAAAAGAAACGUUGAGAAGAGCAGUAAACCUGGUAGAUGGCAUCUACACAAAAAAGCAGGCUAGGCACCGAUUUAAUGAGGACAACAUGAAUAACUGGGAGAUAGUAGAGAAAAUGAAGCCAAGUUCGCGGGCGGUCGUGGAAGAGAAGUGAUGGGAAGAAACACAAACCAAGCUUUAACGAUAAUAGAAACAAUUCAAGCACGAUCAGAGAAAAAGUGUGGCAUUUUCACGGAAUGAAACAGUGGAAGUUGCUGAGUGGGCGAAAUGUUCUUACAUGUUGACGAAUGACGAUGCAUUUGACCAGACAAACAAUGCGGCAAGUGCGACUAUAAGAGAGUGGCAGACAAGAGUGAGCAAAUGAUAACCCAUCCAUUCAAAGAGAAGCCAGACGACCGUCACACUGACAAGAAUGCUAGCUGUGAUCUGCUUGUUUCUCCACAGUAGAAUAUCGGCAGCUGUAAAAACAACAUACCAAUUGAUCAAUUGAAAAUCAUGGGCAGAAGUCUCCCCAAAAUUACCCAGUCUUGAAAGCUUCAACUCUGAGUAGAGGCCAAUGGUAGCCCUGACUCUGAGUUGUCAAAGACAAAAGACAGAGCCAUACAUAGACCCCAUUCAUGCUUCCUGUUCCUUUGAGCAGACCUAGGAAUGAUAUCUGCCAGCGUCCACGCAUACUGAUUCAUGGGAAGGCCAUUGUUUGUUUCACCACAUUUCACAAUAAAAUGGUAGGCCAGGUUUUGUUCUGAUCGCGUUAUUGUUAGUUUCUGGAGACUAGUUUUUAUUCAGAUGCAUUCUAAUGUCUGCUGAAGCCAUAACUAUGAUAAACAAAAACAAGCUCGUCCCUCAGAUAAAGCAGAUACUCCCUUUCCUUCGGUUCUUUCUCGAUGUUCAGGAGACAUCACUAAUAAUAUAACCCCGAGUUCAUGUUUUCUACGUAUAACUCCAGAAGAUUAAAAAAAUGGUUCCAGCUUAUAUCGACAUAAUCAUUAUGCAGAGAAUUUCAGAUCGUCCAUCAUCCAAACAGAUCAAUGAUUGACCAAUAGAAACGGAAGUGAACGCGCGUACUAGUAAAAAUUUUCGUAGAGAAGGGGAAAUAGAGCUUUGGCUGCUAAUGGAGUGGAAUUCCGGCGGAAAGUUCAAUAAGAUGGAUAUGAAACUUUGGCGGGGGUUGGGGGAGCAUGCUCCUAAGGGAGCGAAAUGUAAGAAACGGCCGUCGUUACUUACGUUUUCCCCCUCCGAGAACCUUGUGCACGGGUUCCUUCCUUCCAAAUAAGCGGUUCUUUUUGGGAGCCGAAGAGCUCUCACUGUCAGAGUCCGAAGAUGAGGAGUCUUCUCUGUACUCGUGGAUUUUGUCAUUGAUCUUGUCCAUCAGAGAUGCAUGGUCCACAGUUUCCGACAUUUCUCCUCUUAAGCUGGAAACAGAUCAAGAACUCCACAGCUGUCAAAAAGAGCAUUCUGAAAAAAGCUUAUACAGAGCCUCAAAAGCAUCCUCAGAGCACAAUGACCACUAUACAAAGAAUGUCGUGACUAGAAAUAGAGGAAAUGGAAAAAAAAUGCAGAAUAACACAGUGAUCUGUUGGAAUCUGCUUCUUCAGACAGCUGGGAACAAAACUCCCACGCGUCGAGCAGAGGAUCGAACAUCAAACACAAAAUGACACAUUUAUACGAUGAAAAUAAGCUAAAAGUAAAUGUGGAUCGUCCAAUCCUUCAGAUAAACAGAUACAUACGAUGCAUUAAAGAACAGAAACAGACAACAUAAACAAUGAAAAAAAAUCUACAUCAGGCGGAGAGAACAUUCGAAAAUUCCACGAGUAGAUUCCGCCAAUGUCUGAAAACACACCAGUUAUGAGCAAGGGGGACAUAGGCUCUCACCGAUCACAGAUCACGAGUAACGUCUUCUUUCGUCCUCAACGCAGAAGCCAGGCGGUCUUCUUUCCUCCAAGGCCCUCCUCUUUCUCUCGGCCGUCUGUGACAGUAACCGAUCGACCAGGAGAGACGUCAGAAGCUCUUGCAGAAAAAGGCGGGUCGACUUAUAUGGCCCUCCACCGGCCCACCGCGAUCGACUACGUGUCAUGUCCAUACUCGAGAGAACCACGGUUACCGCCCUCGUAACGAGGACGCAUCGUAACGGCAUUCCACGUUGGAGAACGGCAAUCCCGUCGGGCUAUAAUUUUGAAUAUUUUUGAAUUUUCUAAAAACAUAACGGCAGCUUUUGAAGCCUCCCGUCUAGCACGUGCGAGCGGUCUGUACGUGCACGUGGCUAUGAACCCCAGAAUGGCAGGUUUCAAAAUUUUAAGCUGGCGAGAAAAUAUUUAUUCAGGAUUUAAAAUUUUAUAAAAGGGGAGAUUAAAUGAAUUAAUAAAUAUGGAUCUCGAUAUAAACGUCGAUUUUAUAAUUUUAUUGCUGGUAAUUCGUCGAGAUAUAUGUUAAAAAAAUACCACAGCUAUGAUUCUUUUUUACCAGUUAUGAGAUAUUCUUAAUUUAUAGGAAAUAAAAUUGGAAUAUUAUUAAUAUAGAAAUACAAGGUCAGAGGCUGCUCGAGGGGAUUUUCCUCAUCAUCUGCCUGAAUUCGGAGAAGUCAACCAGGCCGUCGUGGUUGGCGUCAACGGAGCGGAUCAUCUCCCGGGCGGCGGCGAGGUUCCCUCCCUCGGCGAGACCCAGCUUCCUCAACACAGAGAGAAGCUCCACGGCGGAGAUGAACCCGUCGCCGUCCUCGUCGAACACCUUGAACGCCUCCGCCAUGUCCUCCUCCUCCUCCGCCGCCGCCGCAGCGACGGCGCCGCCGUCGAGAUCCCCGAAGAGGAGGUUCCCCAGGCUCCGGUGGAGGUCCUCGAAGUCCCCGAACUCGAGCCCGGCAUGGCCGGGCCUGAGGAAGGCUUCUACGGCGGAGUUGAGGUCGCUGGCGUCUUCUUCCAGGCCGAGCCGGCGGAGGACUUGCCUCAGCUCCGCCGCUGUUAUCACUCCGUCGCCGUUCUGGUCGAACAGGUCGAAGAUCCGCCGGAGCCGGAGCACGUUGAGGCUGGGGCUCCUCAGCCGGAAGGACGGCGCGGGCUCGCCCAGCCCCCUCCUGCGCAGCGUCUCCUUGGCUUCUUCCAUCAUCACCGACCACCGAUAGAGAGAGAGAGAGAGAGAGAGAGAGAGAGGAUGGAAGAAGAAGAGGAAGAGGAAGACUAUGGAAACCGGUGUUUCUUCUCCGCGCAGGAGAGGAGACGAGGGAGUUAUCUAUCGUCCUCCCCGCCCUUUUUCUCGGUCGUCGGCGGCCGGGUUUCCGCUAUUCACAUGGGGAGGAAUCCGUCCAUGGACGACUGGAAUACGUCAAUCAGGGGUUGGGGAUCGAGACCCAGAGAACCUUUCAAUGAGGGACCACGUGCGACCAUAGACCCUUGCCUGUUUUUCUAAAAUGAAUGACCUUUGUAACGGUCAAUUGCACGGCUUCCUAAAGAAAAAACCGCUGAGACUAGCGAAAUCUUUGCGGAAGAAGAUCAACGCUGACCAUAUUUAAAUAACAUUUCAAUUUUUUUUGGCUGAGAUAAUGGGACUCCAUGAAUGUUCUUACUGAAUAUUUUUGCCCACGAUAGUUGACUUAAACUUAUGCCCUUGAAAGUGGAUGAUUUGGGGCGACUUUACCUUGUUCACCGCAAGUAAGGAUAGCCUUCACGGCGGCGCCGCCAGUGGGCGCGGCAUUUGAUUCUUCUCCGAAAGGUGGGGGCUUUCCUUGUCCGGGAAUACCUUUCUUCCCUCACUCACCACCUCCAUGCGAAUCCUCUAAAGGUCCUUUCUCUCCGGGAUCCCUGUCCUCUCCUUCUACCUCUCCUCCCUCUUCUCUCUCUCUCUCUCUCUCUCUCUCUCAUUUCAGGUCGAGGAGGGGAUGGCGAGGGUGCGGAUCGAGGUCUGCAUGAUCUCCGCCCGGGGUCUCCGCCGGUCGUCGCCGCCAUGGAAGCCUCAGUGGUUCGCCGUGGGUUGGGUCGACGCCAACAACAAGUACUGCACCAGGGUAGAUAGCUCGGGGAGCUCCAGCCCCACCUGGAACACCAAGUUCUCCUCCAUUAUCGACGACGGGGGGAAGGAUUCGGUGCUCACGGUGGAGGUUUACAGCAGAGACCCCUUCUUCCUCCGAGAGAAGCUCCGGGGCACCGCCACCGUGAACCUGACCGAGUUCCUGCGCAGGGCCGGCAACGGCCCCGCCGGACCGGAGGUGAUGAGCUACCAGCUGAGGAAGAAGAAGUCUUCCAGGGCGAGAGGGUUCGUCGACGUCUCCGUUCGCGUCUCCGACGGUGAGCAUGGAUCUUCAUGGCAGAAACAAAAUAAUUUCUUCAAAAAAAAUAAAUCUACACCUGUUAUCUAGACUCAUCGAUGAUUUUUUUUUCUAGUUCGUGGAAUCGGGGAUUUAGAGAGAUCUCUGCUUCUGUUUCCUUCUCCAUCUUAACCUAAUCUAGCUGCAGGCAGUCGCGACGGAAGCCGGGACUGGGAUAGCGGAAGCGGCAUCUCCCUGGUAGUGGACGACGGGCCGAGCUUUCCUCAUCGGAACGAGCCGCCGAUCUAUCCAACGGCUCAGAACGGGAUACCUUCCGGUAACUACCCGAACCAGUUGCCGACGGGGAUGGAGCAGCGGCGGCGGCCGGGGACUCCGCCGCCGCCGUCGCCGCCGGCGAACGCAGGCUUCAUCCCGUCUUUCUUCCCGGGAAUCAGCAGGCUGCCGGAGAGCUACGUGAGCCAACCGAAUUCCGGGAGUACGGUGGCGCACGGCGGCGGUAGUGCGUUCGGAGCAGGUGUCGGAGCUGGGGCUCUGGCGGCGGGGGCCGUCAUCUUCGGCGACGAUUUCUUGUGGGCGCAGGAUAUUCCGCUGGCCUUCGGGAGGAGGUAGCCUCUCCCUUCCCGCGAAUCCCAUGUUCUGAUGCUCUCACAGCGAGUCUUCGGGCGCCGGCCUUCGGGCGCAGGACAUUCAGAAGUCGACUGUAUAAAUUAUCCGAUACGCAUCUCACAGCGAGUUUUAGAGAGAGAGAGUCAGUGAGGGAGAGUGAGCUAGAGAUGGAGAGAGAGAGAGUUAGAUGGAGAGAGGGAGAGAGGGAGAGAGGGAGGGAGAAAGAGAGAGAGAGGGAGAGAGAGGGAGAGAGAGGGAGAGAGGGAGAGGGCUGAAGGCUCAUAGAAAUCUUAGAGAGAAGGUGUGAGAUUGGAGAAGAAAGUGAAACAGAAAAGGGAGAGAAGGUGCCGAUUGUUCGCAGGUGGGUACGUGUCCGCCGACGGUGUCCUCCGGAGUUAUGUGUGUUGUGAUUGGUCGACGGUUUAGGAACGACUUCUGGUUGGCUGCAUCUCCUUUAACAUCCUCCCAUAAGUUGUGUAAAAACUACACUAAACUGAGUAAGGGCUUUGUCAGGAUGUCGACAAGUUGAUGGGAGCUUCGCAUGAAUAAAACUCAGAGAAGCUUAUUGGCAACCUGCUCACGCACGAAAUGAAAGUCAAUUUCAAUGUGCUUCAUUCAUGUGUGAAAUAGAGGAUUAGCAGUAAGGUAGGUAGCUUCGAUGUUAUCGCAGAAAAGGAUAGGUGUCCUAUGAAGAUAGAUACAAAGCUCUCAGAGUAGUGACUGGAUCCAAAUGAUUUUGAUAGCGGUAUUGGCGAUGGCUUUAUAUUCAGAUUUAGUGCUGAAACGGGUGACCAUUGAUUGCUUCUUUAAUGACUAGGAGAUAAGGUUGCGUCCAAGAUAAGUAGGUAUCCUCCCGUGGACUGACGGUUCUCUCGUGAUCUGGCCCAAUCAACAUUACUAUAGCCAAUCAAUUAGGUUGAAGAAGUUUGAUGAAGUUAGAGACCAAACGUGAUGGUGCCUUUUAGGUAGUAGAGAUGGUGUUUAAUGUUGACCCAAUCUGUAGUCGUAGGAGAGUGCAUCUUCUGACAUGCUUUGUUGACGACAAAGCAAAUCUGGUCUUAUAAUGGUUAGAUAUUGAAGUGCUCCUAAGAGGCUUUGAUACAUUGCUGUAUCUUGUAGAAUAGUCCUUGUAAAUUUUGUUAGUAGGAGUGGGCCACGGAAUGAAUAGUCCUUGUCAAUUUUGGGAUAAGAUAAAACCGUCGGAAUUUGGUACAAAUUCAACACUAAGAAAGAAUUCAACCUUGCCUAAAUUCCAAAUAGUAAAAUUAUUGUGAAGUAGCCGGAUAAUAAAGUUAAUAAAAGCUUGAUUGGGCCGAUUAGAGUGAGUCAUCGACAUAAACUAAAAAAAAAAUUAAAAUCAGUAGUUUUAGAAAAAUAAAAGAAGGAGGUGUCGGUUUGGAUUAAGAAAAACCAAUUGAGAGUAAGAAAUGGGAUAAUUUUGAAAACCAAGCUCUUGGAGCUUGCUUUAAUCUAUAUAGUGAUUUAUGUAAUUUACAAAUGUAAUUAGGGAACCGAGAGUUAACAAAACUUUGUGGUUGUUCCAUAUAAACGAUUUCUUUGAGAUCAUUAUGAAGAAAUACAUUAUAAACAUCUAUUUGGUGAAUAUUCUAUUUCAGACUAACCACGCGAGAGAGAAGGAUCCAAAUGGUGGUGAUCUUAAUUACUAGUGAGAAGGUGUCAAAGUAGUCAAAGCCUUCUUCUCAAGAGAAAUCUUUGACUACUAGACGAGCUUUGCACCUAUCAAUGAUACCAUUAGAUUUUGUUUAAUUUUAUAGACCUAUUUGCAUCCAGUAACAUGAAGAUUGGGUUGUCGGGGAACUAGAGACUAAGUAAUAUUCUUAAUUAGGACAUUAAAGUCCAAUUACAUAACCUAUCUCUAUUCAAGUUUCUUCCAUGCUAUAGAAAAAUUAAGAGGUUCAGUUAUGGACAAGGUUGCAAAAAAAUAACUAAGAAUAAGAUGUUUGGUAAAUAGGGCGACUAAAUAAGCACUAGGAAGAGGAAUGAUUGUAGUGUUUCAUUAAAUAGAUCUAAUCCUUUGGAAUUUGGUAAAAGGGUUCGAAGGUGUGGAGUGAGAUUGGGUGGAUUUUUGGUGUGGAGUGCUAUCGAUACUAGUCAAUGAUGAUUUUAAGAAUUUGGGUUAGGAGUACUGGUAGAAAUAAUUAAGGCCGAAUGAGUAGGAAUUGAAUCAAAAGUGUUGGUGUGAAUUCAUGAAGAGAUUGAGCAGGAAGAGCUGUUGAAUCUAGUGAUGAAGAUGAGGAUGGCUGAGGUGAGAUGAUAGGGGUUGGAGUGUAAACCAGAUAGGCCCCUAAAAUACCUUUCUGAGUAGAGGGGGUAGGAAGUGGAAUAGGUGUCAAGGGAGUAGAAUUAUAAGGUUGUGUGGAAUAGGAAAAAAUAGUUUCAUAGAAAAUUACAUGUCUAGAAAUAUAAAAAUUUUCAGUAAGAAGGGAUUUACAUUAGUAACCUAGGUGAUUGAUGCCAUAGUCGAGAAAUAAACAUGAUUUAGAUCGGUUAUCUAAUUUAGUUUAGGAAUAAGGUAUGGUAUAGAGAUAAUAGAGGCACUCGAAAGAUUUAAGGAAAUCAUAGUUAGGUGAGGUAUUGUAGAAUAUUUCAAAAAGCGAUUUGAAGUGAGGAAUUAAGGUGGCCAUGCGAUUAAUGAAGUAUGAGGUUGUGCAAACAACUUCAUCCCAAUAUUGUAUGGAUAGAGAGAGGCCUGGUUAAGGAGGCUAAGGGCAGAUUCUAUGAGAUGCUUAUGUGUUCUUUGAUGUGGAGUAUGGAGACAUGAGACCCAAUGAUGAAUGCCAUGAUUCUUAAAAUGCUUGGUAAGAGCCUAAUUGAAAAUACAUAAUUUUGGAAGAAAAUAAAAUUUUGACCUUUUUUUGAAAAUCCACAAAUGUUUGGAAAACUUUAUUUUUUGUUUAAAGAGGAUAUAAUCAAGUAAACUUAGUAAAAUCAUCAACAAAUAUGACAUAAUAAUUAAAAUUAAAAAAUGAAGUAACUAGAGAGGGCCCCCAUAAAUCAUAAUGAAUUAACUUGAGUGGCUUUGUGGCACGAUGAUUAGUGAGUUUAAAUGAGAGUUUAUGCGAUUUUGAAAACAUUACAAGCAUCACAAACAUGAUGUUCAUGUAAAUGAAAAGAGAGAAGCUCAAAUUUGUCAAAAAUAAUUUUAAGAAUUCUUAAGUGUGGAUGUCUCAUGCGAUGGUGCUAAGUGGGAAGAGAGAUCCUUGCUCCUAAGAAAGCUUGAUGUCAAGUUUAAGGUUAAUGGAGAUACAGACCAUCCUUAGUGAUUCCUCGGAGGAGGAUUUGAUGAAUUUCUUCGUCCUUCACAAGACAAUACUUAACAUGAAACUCAAGAAAAAUGUUAUUAUUAGUAGUUGAUUACUUAAUUGAAAGUAAUUUUUUUUAUGUGAGGAAUAUGAAGAAUAUUUUAUAAUUUGAGGAAAACUAUGAGUGUUAAUGAAUGAUAAACAAAUAGAUGAAAUAGUCAUGCUAGUUUCAUUGUCGAUUUGGAGCUAAUCUAAGCCUUGAUAGGUAGUGGGAUAUUGAAUGAGAGCUGGGUCAAUAGUGAUAUGGUGGGUGGCACCAAUAUCAAUAUUCUAGUUUGGUGUGGCAGGAGAAAAUGGUGUAGUCAUGGCCAAGUAGACUUGUGGUUGAAGGGUGGUAAAUGAAAAGUGAGGUACUUGAGGUAAUUGAGGUACCAGAUUAGGUGGAGGGUAGAAUGAUGGAUGACCAUGGAAGGAGACAUUAAACCUUUCCUUACACUCUUGAGUUUGGUGACCAAAGUGGGAAUAAGCAACGGGAUUGUCAAUUAUUAUUGUUGCGACCUUUUUGCCUCUAUAAUUGUUGGAAUCUUUAUUCUCUUGUCAAUUGAGUUGUUGAGAGAUAGUGGUUUUAGAAUUAGAUUUGGAGUUGUUCGAACUGUUAGUCACUUGAGAGAAAUGGGCUUGUGGAGUUAUGUUGACUGAUCUAGAUGUAGAGGUUUGAGACAUUUGUUUGUGAUAUACUAAUGUGGCUUCAUGUGUGUGAAGUUGGGAAAUGAUAUAUUUAGUUGCAGGAGGGUAUGUGUUCGCCAACGGUGUCCUCCGGAGUUAUGUGUGCUGUGAUUGGUUGACAGUUUAGGAACAACUUUUAGUUGGCUGCAUCUUCUUUAACAAGGGUGAGGGAGAGAGAGAGAGAGAGAGAGAGGGGAGAGAGGAUAGAGAGGGAGAGGGAGAGGGCUGGAGAGAGAGAGAGAGAGAGAGAGAGAGAGAGGGAGAAAGGGGAGAGAUAUGGUGAGAGGGAGAGGGAAGGAGGGAGAGAGAGAGAGAGAGAGAGAGGGAGAAGGGGGAGAGAUAUGGAGAGAGGGAGAGGGAGAGGGAGGGAGGGGGAGAGAGGGAGAGAGAUGGAGAGAUGGAGAAAGGAAGAGAGGGAGAGGGGAAGAGAGAGAGAAAGAGAGCAAGAGAGCAAGAUGGGGAGGAGAGCGAGAGAGAGCAAGAUGGAGAAAGGGAGAGAGAUGGACAGAGCAAGAGGGUGAGGGAGAGAGAUAG